AUGGAUACAGUUCGAAAUAUUAGUGUUGAAAAUGUAUGCUCUGUUAUUAAUGAAGUCAAUGAAGUUGUGGAACGUACAACAAAAAUGGAAUAUCAAUUUAUUAAAUCAUGUGGAAGAUUUUUUGGUUAUCUUCCACCAGAAGAAAUUGUAUUAUCAAGAUCUUCACAAAUAACAACAGUAAAACGGAGUAAACAAGCUUUUGCUUAUUAUGUACCAAUACAUGAAUCUUUAUUUCGUAUUUUAUGUAAAGAUGAAAUGAUAUCAUUAUUAGUUGAAAAUAUUAAACAACAGCAACAACAAGCAACCAAAGAUAAGGAUUUAAUUCGUGAAGCGGCGUACGGUCAAAAUGUAAAUACUAAUUCUUUUUUAUUACAAUUGUAUACCGACGGUGUUAGUUUGACAAAUCCAAUCGGUCCAAAAAAGGAUUAA